AUGAAAUGGCUACUGUCUUCUACUACAAUAUUAUUGAUCUUCUAUCAGCUCAAUAUUGCAUAUGGUGCUGACAGCUAUGUUGUAGCACAAACGGAUAAAGGAGCUGUACGGGGUAAAACUUACAAUGUUGAUGAUAAGCAAUGCCAUGUCUUUCUCGGAGUGCCUUAUGCUGAGCCACCAGUCGGCUCCUUAAGAUUUAUGAAUUCAAUACCAUUGAAGAAAUCAUGGAGAUCAACUCGUGAUGCUCUCCAAUUUAGCCCAUCCUGCCCACAGACCUAUGUUGUGCCACAAAUAUAUGAUCGUCUUGAUAAAUCAUUACCAGAAAGCAAAGAAAACGAAGAUUGCCUUUAUUUAAAUAUCUAUACACCUAAAGUCGAUUCUAAAAGUCCCUUAUUGCCUGUCCUAGUAUGGAUCCAUGGCGGUGGCUACGUUAUGGGAACUGGUGCGAAUUGGCAUGGCGAGACAUUAUCAACACGUGAAGAUAUUGUAGUAGUGACAAUCAAUUAUCGCCUUGGCGCUUUAGGUUUUAUGACAGCUCGAAAUGAGAAAAAUAGUGAUAUCUUGCCAGCUAAUAAUGGCCAACUUGAUCAAAACAUAGCCUUAAAAUGGAUACAACGUAAUAUUCGUCACUUUGGUGGCGAUAAAACUAAAGUAACCAUUGCUGGCAAUUCAGCUGGUGCUGUUUCGAUAGGAUUUCACCUAUUAUCACCAUCCAGUCAAGGCUUAUUCCGUAGUGCUGUUUUGCAAAGUGGUACUCCGUUA